AAGCUAUGCCAUCUAGUGGCUAUUUUCUGAAGUGUUUUUUGCAUAAUCUAUUUUAGAUAACCUGUAUCUGUAUAUUAAACAAAUUAUUUUAUUUCUUAUAGGAGUGUGUGAGUGACCUUGAUUUGAGGAAGAUGGUGUCUGUGUCCAUGGAUGGUCCCAAUGUUAAUUGGCGUUUUUUUGAGUUGCUGCAGCAGGAACAUGCAGAGCGUUUUGGUGGAGCACAGCUGAUAGUAGUUGGGAGUUGCGGCCUCCAUACUCUACACAAUGCUGUUAAAUGUGGUUUCAAUGCCUGGCAUAUGGAGAAAGUUCUAAGAGCCCUACAUACAAUAUUCCUGAAUGUGCCUGCAAGGAGAGAAGAUUUCUCUAAUCUCACCCAGUCAAACACCUUUGCCUUACCUUUUUGUGGUCAUCGCUGGGUGGAAAACCUUCCUGUGGUGGAAAGAGCACUUCUCAUCUGGCCUAACAUUCUGAAGUAUGUUGACGCUGUUACAACUAAAAAACUCCCCAAUCCUGGGACCUCGUCGUACGACACAAUUGAGACGGCAGCCAAAGACCCUUUAAUCGUGGCGAAGCUGCAUUUUUUUAUGGCAGUGUCACGGAGUGUUUCGCCUUUCCUCACUAAGUAUCAGACAAAUGAGCCUGUGCUGCCUUUUAUUGGAGAUGACCUGGCUGAGCUGCUUAAGAGUCUGCUAAGGCGAUUUAUCAAAUUGGAACUUCUCCAUAAUGCCACCCCUCUGGAUUUGGUCCGCAUUGAUGUUACUGAGAAGCCAUCCUGA